AUGUUUUAUCGUAUUCGAUUGCUUCAAGAACACCGUCGUUUGAGAAGUGUGCUUUCGAAGGACAGGCGAAAUCGCGGUGCAGCGAACUCGACGUCUGACUUGAUCGACGCUAUUCAAGGUUACGAGAUAAAUCGGGUCUUAGACAGAUUGUUAAUCUUAGAAGAGAUAAAAUCGGGCGAAGAGCGACGAUCUCUCGCCAGGAAUUGCUUCUCGACACGGCUGCACGAACUCAUUCUUAGACUGGAGCUGUACUUGCCAUACGCACCGCUGCCGGGGGGCGGCGGGAUCCUCCCGGCGGUGAGCGGCAGCGGUGCUUCCGGUGGUUGUCGUCCGGUGCUGCUGGGUGGUGUCGACCUAUCGAUGUCGGCAGCGGUGCAGCCGCCGGUCGCGACGCUACCGACGAACUUGACCAGCAGCGGCCCAAUAGCGGCCCACAAUUCUUUGCAUCACACAUCAGGCGGUGGCCUGGCCCUGCCACUGGGUGCUGCAGCGGGCCCGCCGGUGAUGAUGCCGCGUCCGCCGCCGGGUGCCAUGCCACCGCUGGGACCGACGCUGCCUCCGACCCAUCAAGACGAGGACCUGGCCGAUGCAGCGCCUAAUCAGGACGUCCUGUUGGCGCUCCUCGCGAGAAACAAGAAUCUAGAAGAACGGAGAGUCAAAGCACCAAGCCGUUUUACUAUCAAGGAAGAAUAUUUGAGUGUGUUGAAGUUUAAUUUGGAGACCCCAGCUUUCAUGUGGGCGGCGGACAGCGAAAAAAAUCACGCGGGAAGAUUCGGAGUCGUCGGCGCGGUUGAAAGUCAUCCCGUUAAUUACCGAGGAAGAGGCCGACAAAUCAUCGCGGGGCCGACCGCAAACCCCAUAAUUGCGGGCCUUAUGGUUUCGCCGGUGGCACGAGCUGCUUCCGCAGCUGACCCGGCUAGUCAGUCGGCUGGUCUAUAUCGGGAACGCAAUAUCCCGGAACACCCGCGGACCGUGGAAGCCAUAAUAUAG